CAAACUUUUACUGGUCCUCCCGAGAAUGUCAGAGAUCAUGUAAUGGCUGCAACCCGUGCCCUUCGUAAGGGAGACUUCCAGAAGGCUUUUGAUGUCAUUGCAUCUCUAGAUGUAUGGAAACUACUUAGGAAUCGCGAAGAAGUUCUUGAAAUGGUUAAGGGAAAGAUCAAGGAGGAGGCUCUGAGGACUUACCUUCUCACGUACUCUUCGUCUUAUGAUUCUCUGAGUUCAGAACAACUCACCCGAAUGUUCGACCUCGCAGAGGGUCAAACACACAGUAUUGUGAGCAAGAUGAUGAUCAAUGAGGAGCUCCAUGCAAGUUGGGAUCAACCAAGUGGGUGCGUCAUCUUCCACGACGUUACACACACCCGGUUACAGGGCUUGGCAUUCCAAUUGGCAGAUAAGUUGACAAUCCUUGCUGAAACCAAUGAGAGGGCAGUUGAGGCAAGAAUAGGUGGAGGAUUAGAUUUGCCCAUGAGGCGAAGAGACAACCAAGAAUAUGCUGCUGGAGGA